UUGAUUUUUCUCUGCUCACAUGACUAUCACAUGGACCCAGCCGGCCCCACAUGUUCUGUGGUGGAACAGAGGUCCUGUGCAUGUAGUAAAUGCAACCCUUUAUGGCAUUCUAGAACUGAGCUAGCAUCAUCAUUGCAAGAUGUCGAAGAGAACAUAUCCAUCUCAGCCAAACUAUGCUCAACCCUCAUUGGCCCCUGGUCAAGGCUCUCAAAUGACACCAGGAUAUGGCCAUCAGCCCCAUACAGAUAGUCGACCAGUGAAUACUGGUUCAGUUGGUGGAGUCAUGACUGGAAUGCAGCAAAUGACAGUUCGGCCACCAGGAACUGCCCCAGUGUCACAAGUACAGUAUCCUUUACCUCAUGCUCCCUCAGGCAAUUUUUCUACACCCGGACAGCCUGUUGGCAACUAUCCGAUAAACAGUAGGCCCCCUGCCCCUGGACAACCUGUAGUUACUGCACCCACAUACCAAGGGCCUACACCUCAGAUGAAUGCAACCAAUCCAGCUAUAUCUCAACCCCCUCCUAAACCUGGUCAACCAUACCAUCCAACAACUAAUACGAGACAACCACUUGUGCAAGGACCACCACCGACGGGAAUGCAACCACUUACUGGAACUGGAAUACCUCCUACUGGACCGAGACAACCAUCGAAUAUGAUGAGAGGACCAUCACCUGGUGCAGGAAUAUCAUCAUCUGGAAGAAUGAGUACACCUUCAACUGGAAUGGGACAACCUAUUUCUCAACCUAUCUCAGUAGGGACUGCAUCUCACAUGGGAUCUCGGACUUCAUCGACUGUGACUGGAAUUCCUACUGGAAUGGGAUUACCUACAGGCAACAAUACAGGAGCACCUUCGUUUGUUAGCAUGGCAACGCCACUUUCUGCAAUGACUGCAAUGAGACCUCCACCACCCACUGGAAUCGCAUCACUUUCCGAAAUGAGGCCACCACCGGGACCACCCCCUACUGGAAUGAGACAACCUAUGGGACUGCCUAUGGGACAUCCACCUACUGGAAUGGGACAACCUAUGGGACCACCGCCUACUAGAAUGGGACAACCUAUGGGACCACCCCCUACUGGAAUGGGACCGCCUAUGGGACCACCCCCUACUGGAAUGGGACAACCUAUGGGACCACCACCCACUGGAAUGGGACCGCCUAUGGGACCACCCCCUACUGGAAUGGGACAACCUAUGGGACCACCACCCACUGGAAUGGGACCGCCUAUGGGACCACCACCCACUGGAAUGGGACCGCCUAUGGGACCACCCCCUACUGGAAUGGGACAACCUAUGGGACCACCACCCACUGGAAUGGGACCGCCUAUGGGACCACCCCCUACUGGAAUGGGACAACCUAUGGGACCACCCCCUACUGGAAUGGGACAACCUAUGGGACCACCCCCUACUGGAAUGAGACAACCUAUGGGACCACCACCCACUGGAAUGGGACCGCCUGUAGGUACUGGGCCCCCAAUGGCUGGUCAACUAGCUGGUCCUCCGGGCUACCCUCCCCCUCCUGAACAAGCUGACAUGAUGUCUGGGGCACACCUGGGUCUGAGAUCUGGAAUUCGACCACAGCCGGGAAUGGCCGCCAGCCCUGGUGCACCUGGACCUACAACUGCUGCCCUGAAUGACCCAAACCUUCAGCCUGUGAACAUCAUUGAGACUAGAGACAUCCUUCCUGCCACUCCAAUCACAGCACCCCCUACGGUGCUGCCAGGCAACCUGUCUCGGUAUAUCCCCAAGGAGAAUGUGUUCUGCUCCACAAUGAGUGCAGUGCCUGCUACCAGUAGUAUGCUCAACAAGCUCAAACUGCCUCUGGCCAUUCACAUCCACCCGUUCAAAGACAUGCCCAACAACGAGUGCCCAGUAUUGCACCCCAACGUCAUAGUGCGUUGUCGAAUGUGUCGGACCUACAUUAACCCUUUUGCCACCUUCGUGGACUCCCGACACUGGCGUUGCAAUCUCUGCUUCAGGCCCAACACAUUGCCUGAAGACUUUGACUACAACCCUCACACGGGAAAACAUGGCGACCGGACGCACCGCCUCGAGCUAAAAAGGUCAUCAGUCGAGUACAUCGCACCAUCAGAGUAUAUGGUUCGGCCUCCUCAACCAUCUGUUUACUUCUUUGUGAUUGAUGUCACCUACAACACCAUUGAGAAAGGUGUGCUUGGUGUUGUGUGUCGCACUCUUCUGGACAACCUGGAUCGCCUGCCGGGGGAUGCCAGGACCCAAGUAGGAAUCAUGACAUUUGACAAUACUCUGCACUUUUACAACCUCAAGUCAUCUCUCUCUCAACCUCAAAUGCUCGUUGUGUCAGAUGUUGAUGAUAUAUUCCUGCCCUCUCCCGACUCUUUGCUGGUCAGUUUGAAGGAGUCUAAAGAGCUUAUUCGGACUCUCUUGGAGGACCUUCCUCGGAUGUUUGCCGGCAACAAGAAUGCCCAGUGUGCACUGGGCCCAGCAUUGCAGGCUGCCACUAAGCUACUGCAUCCCAUUGGUGGUCGAGUGACGGUGAUAGUAUCCAAUCUUCCCAAUAUUGGACCUGGCUCUCUUAAGUAUCGAGACGUGGCACCUAGCUCUAUGAAAAUGAAUACAUUGAACAUGUCUCCUGGAUCAGACUUCUACAAGAAGCUGGCUCUAGAGUGCUCCUCUCAGCAGAUUGCGGUGGACCUCUUUAGUUUCUCAAGCCUGUUCACUGACCUACCCACCAUAUCCUGUAUCUCCAAGUUCUCCUCCGGUCAGGUCUUCUACUACCCUGAUUUUCACCACUCUAAACCAGUAGUACGGCAGAGGUUUGAAAAAGACUUCAGACGUUACCUGACUAGAAAGAUUGGAUACGAAGCAGUGAUGCGAAUACGAUGCACAGACGGUUUAAGCCUUCACACGUUCCAUGGCAACUUCUUUGUUCGGUCGACUGACUUGCUCUCUCUGCCCAAUGUAAAUCCUGACCAUGGCUACACUAUCAACAUAGCCAUUGACGAGAGCCUCAAGGACAUGAGCACCGUCUGUUUCCAGGCAGCACUGCUCUACACGUCCAGCAGGGGUGAGAGAAGAAUCCGAGUGCACACUCUCUGCCUGCCAGUGGCUACUCAACUGCCUCAAGUGUAUGCUGGACUAAACGUUAAAGCCAUCACUGGAACUCUGGCUAACAUGGCUGUUGAUCGAUCCUCUAGUGCUACACUCGGAGAUGCCAGAGACGCUAUAAUGAAUGUGGCUGUUGAUGCCACCAAAGUGUAUCGCUCCAACUGUUGCAGCUCAAUGCAGUCUUCUCAGUUUGUUUUGCCUGCGUCCAUUAGAUUGCUGCCUUUGUUCACUCUAGCGCUCAUCAAAAAUACUGCCUUUACAUUGAGUCAGAAAAGCUCAUACGAUUCCAGAACUCAAGCAAUGAAUCUCAUCAAAACUCUACCACUCGACUACCUCUCGUGCACUAUAUAUCCCAGACUGUAUGCCCUUCAUACUCUGUCUGAGCAGGACGUCAAAUCUAGCGAGGAUGGCAAGCAGCUUAUAGCUCCUCCAAUUUUAAAGCUGUCUGCAGAGAAAGUGACCAGAUACGGGAUGUUCCUUAUGGACUAUGGCAUGGGUAUCUACAUUUGGGUGUGCAAAGAAUGUCCUGUCGAAGUCAUUCAAGCGGUUUUGGGAGUACCACACUAUGGAGCCAUUCCAGAAUCCAUCAUUGAGCUACCCACUGAAGAGAAUGAAUUUUCUGAACUAGUGAGGAAGUUUGUUCGUCAGAUCCGUGUCUCAAGACAGCAUUUCAUGCCUCUACAAAUCAUCAGGGAGGAUGGACCUCAUCGCCUGGCGUUCAUAGGCAAGCUGAUAGAAGACCGCACAGAGUUUGGUACAGCGUACUUUGAACUGUUGCAACAUUUAAAGAGCCAGCUUGGCAAGUAGGGACCCUGUUCUAGUCAUUAAAUUGUGUGUACCUAUUAUUUAUAGAAAACAGUACCAGCAUUUUAUUUUGUGAUUAUUGUAUAAUUAUUAAACAAUUGAUACAA